AUGAAAGAAAAAGACACUGUUAUUGCCUCUUUGCAACAUGUGAUGGAAAAAAAAUUCAAACAAGGUGAACAAGGAGAAAUUCCGAUGAAAGAACAAGCUGAUAAGGAGAAAAAAGAUGAGAGAAUAGCAGAAGAAAGUGAAUUGGAGAUGCAAGAAUCUCCUAAUGAUGAAGAUGAGAACGCCGAUGAAAAAACUCCUGAAAAGUUUGUUAUCAUGCAAGCAAAAGAAGUAGGAACAUGGCAGUUGCGUUCUGGCAUCAAAAUAAUCAAAAACAGAAAAGACAGAAAGCCUGCAAAGAAACCAGAUUACAUAUACCCCGAAGCACAUAAGAAAGGCCGAAAAGGAGCAAGCCAAAGCGAAGAUGAAGCAGCCAACAGAAAAAAGGAGAACAAAGAUACAUACCUUCAGUUAUACAUGUAUGAGAUCUACAACAGGCUGGAUGAAAUAUCAAAAAAGAAGUUGGAAAAUUACUGGAAAUCUGCAUCUGAUUCUGAUGAGUAA